CGGAUUUUUUGGUCGUAACUUAAACUGACUUAAUUAUUAUUAGAGUAUGCACAUUUUACAGCCUUUAUUUCGCAACAACUAAGUCGUUAAAGUUGGCGAAAUAGAUGCAAUGUGCUGCUCUUUUUCCUCUACUCUGUCUUUACUACAUUCAUUGUAGUCCUGUGGCGGUAAGAGGAGCUACACGGUAAAGAUAUGUAGCUUUAUAUCGACUAUAUCUCGUAAUUAACGUAUUGUAAGUGUUUUUAUUUUGUCAGUAGUCGUUCAUAUACUUGUGAUGUUAUCCAACGUCUGUCCGUGUGUAACGACGAGUGCUUUAAAGGAGGUUGCUAGGUAACGUUAGGGACGUUUUUAGCUUCAGAUGUCACAGAAGGACGAGUGUGAAGAUGACAUUUGGGAGUAUAAACCUCUUGAGAAGAAAAGGAAAAGCCAAGAAUCACCGACUGUGAGAAGAUGCACCACCAGGAAACCCCCCAGGAGACGAGACACCUCUGUCAAGUCAAGUAACAGGAAAGUAAAGACAGGUGGAGGUGGAGAUUGUAGUAGUAGUAGUAGUGCUACUGCCUCAGAGUCACCUCCUACUAAUGACACAGUGCAAGAUGGAUCAUCCUCUGGAGACCAUUGCCCCAUCUGUCAGAUGCCCUUUUCCAUUCUGGUGGUGCAGACUCAAAGGUGGCAUGUUGCUGAAUGUCUUGACACCCCCAGGGACACAUGCAAAGAAUGUCCAGAUGGCCUCCAGUGCUCCUCCACCAUACCAAAUCAUUACAAGAAAUUCAACCACACACUCCUGGCUCACAGUCGAGCAAACGGUGACUCAGUCCUCCUCAGUCAGUCCCAGCGGGCAGAGACCAGUGGGGAGAACGGCAUCAGUUAUCUCCCUGGACAGAUAAACAACGAGGCGGAUGGCUCUAUUUUAGAGAGUUCACAGGACAGCGUUCUCAGUCUUUCUGCUGUAUCCAUUCGCAGUGCUUCCCCUCACAGUGAUCACACUCCAACUAAACCUACAAAUGGCCUACUGUUUCUUCGCUCACCUGGCCCAGAGGAUUUCAAGAAAAAGAAAGGAUGGUCGUCCUCCACUAAAAACAAAAAGUCUCUCAGUUCUUCCCAGGAAAGUAGAACAGAGCUUUCAUCCUCUCCUGUGAAGGCAGAAAGUGUGACACAAGCUUGUGAAGAUUUACCCAAAAAUGAACCUUCCCCUGACUACGAUGAUGCAAUAUCCUAUUCUCCUCUUUCUGAGUUCCCUGCUGAGACUGAAGUCACCAUUAGUGAAAGUAGGAAAGCUCUUUUCAAUCAUGAUGCGUCUGAAAAUGAGGUUGAGGAUUCAAUGGUGCUGUUCAGUGACGGUUUCUCAAGUGAAGAUGAGCUCCUGACUGAAUUUAUAGAUAAUAUGGACACCAAUAAUGUGCAGGUAAAGAACACUGCUUCUUUAAACACCCAGCUGGACUCAGUUACCUCAUUACCGCCCACCAAUCAGCCAGGUGCCUCUAAAGUUGUAAAAGACAGCUCUGAUUCUACAGGUGGAAAAAAAGCUCAGCUCAGUCCAUGUAAGAGCAGCAUUAAAUCCCCACAAAGUAUUGUUUUAGAGCGGCUGAGAGAAACUCUUCUCAGCUCAGAUAGCCUGUGUUUAAAAAACCUGAAUGAAUCAGAGCAGCCUCACACAACUCCUCAAGUGCCUUCAUCACAAACCUCUGUCAUCCAGCAAUCUCAAACUAUGCCUCCUCAGAAGGGCCAAAGCAAGACAGGUCAGGCCUCCUGUCUGAAGCAGACGGACAUCGGGGUGUUUUUUGGCCUCAAACCCCUCAAAGAGAAGGAGAAGGAGGCCGACAGCGGACCAAAUGAUCUCAACACCCCCUCUACUCCAACACUCGGUGAAAACUCAGGACAAAGACGACCAAGGAGAGAAAGGCAGAGAAGAAAUAAGUCUGACAAGACUGCAGAUACCUCACAGGGCGAACCGGCUGUAGAUAAUAGCAAUGUCGCGGCCGUACAAGGCGAAACAGGGAGAGGUAGGAACACCUUUAGGAACAGAGGAUGGAGUAGAAGAAGUAGGUGGAACAGAGUGAACGCUGAUGGAGAAGUGGAGUUACCACGUUGUCCGUUUUACAAGAAGAUUCCAGGUACGAAGUUUGUCGUCGAUGCUUUCCAGUACGGAGAGAUCGAGGGCAUCACUGCCUACUUCCUCACACACUUCCACUCAGACCACUACGGAGGACUGACCAAGAAUUCCACAGUUCCAAUCUACUGUAACAGAAUUACAGGGAACCUGGUGAAAAGCAAACUGAAGGUGGCAGAGCAGUACGUCCACAUCCUCCCCAUGAACACCCAGGUCACUGUGGAGGGAGUCAAGGUCAUCCUCCUGGAUGCUAACCAUUGUCCAGGAUCUGCCAUGCUGCUGUUCUUCCUGCCUGAUGGACAGACAGUCCUCCACACUGGAGACUUCAGAGCCGAUCCCUCGAUGGAGACCUACCCUGAGUUACUCAGCUGCAGGGUGCAGACGCUCUACCUGGACACCACCUACUGCAGCCCCGAGUACACCUUCCCCAGACAGCAGGAGGUCAUCAAUUUUGCCGCCAGCACGGCUUUUGAGUUGGUGACACUCAACCCACGUACGCUUGUGGUGUGUGGAUCUUAUUCUGUGGGGAAAGAGAAGGUCUUCCUGGCACUGGCAGAGGUCCUGGGGUCUAAAGUAUGCCUCUCUAGAGAUAAGUACAACACCAUGUGUUGUCUGGAGUCGGAGCAAGUCAGACAACGUAUAACCACCGACUGGAAGGCAGCCCAGGUCCAUGUGCUGCCCAUGAUGCAGCUCUCCUUCAAAAAACUGCAGGAUUACCUGGCACGCUUUUCAAGGCAGUAUGAUCAGCUGGUGGCCUUCAAGCCAACGGGCUGGACCUUCAGCCAGCAGGUGGACUCAGUGGAAGAUAUUCAGCCUGAGAUCAGUGGCAACAUCUCCAUCUAUGGAGUCCCAUACAGCGAGCACAGCAGCUUUUUGGAGAUGAAGCGGUUUGUCCAGUGGCUCAAGCCGCUCAAGAUCAUCCCAACGGUCAACAAUGGAAGCUGGGCUAGCAGGAAGGCUAUGGAGAAGUGCUUCAGUGAGUGGAUCAUGGAAGCCAAAGCCAAACUGUAACAUGGUUGCCAGGAAACUGUGUUUGCAGCCGACCUCUCUGCGGCUCAUCGGUGACACUUUUGUUGCUCCCUUUUAGCAAUAUAAUUUUAUUUAAUUGAAGUCAUUACUGAGCUCAGAACAAGUAUUUCAAUGUGGAUCGAGGGGUCGAGAUGAAGUAGUUCAACAUACAAUGAUCCAUGAUUAUUCACAUCCAUUUAAAAAAGGUCUGGAACUGAUUUAUUAUGAAACUUUUAUUCACAAUAGCCUGAACUAAAAUAACUGAGAACACUGAAAGCUGUUUUGUGUAAACAUGAUCUGAGGUCAUACAUGAAUCACGUCUACGAUGAGACCUGUGUCAGUCAGAAGUAUUACAUGUUGCAACUGAACUGAUUGCAUGUUGCCACUUCUACUGUUCAAUACUGCUGCUUUCAAAUUGUGCAAUUUCUCUGUAUUUUUGUCUGUAAUUACAUUUUAUACUGAGAAAAUAAAUAUUUUAAAGCGUU